AUGGCCGCAGAUGGGGUCCGCUGCUCCACUUCACCCGAGUGUUCCUUCUCAUAUGAUGGGCUUGACUGGCUGGAGGGUGGAGAUGAAGGGCCCACGGGGCCAUUGGCGCAUGAACCUGGUUGGGACUUUUUCGUAGUUCCCAUCAAGACUUCGAAAGGACCUACCUUCAUCCGCGUCAGGAGAUCCCUUCCCAUUCGGCUGGUUCGCGUCUAUGGGGAGUGGCCCAGCAGUGACUCUGCACUGGCCACGGUCUUGCACCCAGGCGGUGUGAAGGAGGCCGAAGUCAGCCUGCCAAAGUCUGCAGCAAAGUUGCAGAGGCUGCUGGUUGCAGUUUGCCCGCCUGCAAUGGCUGCAAGCUGCCAGGGUGCUCAAGACGAGACCGAGACCAUUGGAGUGCCGAGGCUUGGUCGACUGAGUGGCAACGCAUACAGCGCAAUUGGUGCAGCAGCUGUAGCUGCUGCGGAAGCAGAGGCUCAAGCAGCCGAGCUGGAGAAGCGCGCUGCAGAGGCUUGCAGGAGACCUUAUCUAUCAAGUUAUUUGCGACGUCAAGGAAGUAUUUCGCCAUCGUCUUCAGAUCUCUCUACUUGCUCGAGUGCCCAACAUGUUGCGACAAGGUCGAGCAGCUCGACGCCGCGAGGGCUCACCACAAGCGCCAUCCUUUGUCAGCUUUAUGAGGAGGAGGUACUGACGGCCUUUGCAGCUGGAGAGAGCUGUGGUGAUGAGGGUCUGGACUCCCUGAGUGGGAGUCGGCAAAAGAACGCGGAGAUUGAUCGUUUGAGGAAGGAGCUUGAGAAGGAGCGCUUGGCAAGGCAGGCCGCUGAGGCCAACGCAGAGCAAGCGGUCGACAGAGCCCGUGCGCUCCACCAGGAAUGCAGCUUGCUGCAGCAGAGGCUGCGAAGUGCAGAGAGGCGAACGAUGGCCUUAGAAAUGCAAGGCCGCCAGUUGAGCACCGAUCUCCAGCGUGCAGAACUUGCAGCAUGCACUAAUUGGGCUCCUGCAAAGUCCUUGGAAGACGUGGUGUCACAGCUUGUGACACUGGAGAUCCGGCAGCUCCAAAAUUUGACAGCGGAUGAGCGUGCAAGCGUGAAGCGCAGGCUGCUUCUUAGAUGGCAUCCUGACAAGAACGCUGGUACUGGAGGAGGGAACGAUUUGGCAAAGCGGGUGCUCCAAGAAAUGCAGGCGCACCCCUCUUGGGGUUGA